AUGGUCGGCUCGUGUCUGCACAUCCGCAACGAGCUUACGGACUGCGUCCUCAAGACGGACUGCUACUUGAAGCAGGGCAAGUCGGCGCAGGAGUGCAUCACGUCGCACAUGGCCGAGCUGCCGCUCGAGUGCCAGCAGCUGUACAAGUCGUUCGUCGAGUGCCGACGUGGCAUGUUGGACAUGCGCAAGCGGUUCAGAGGCAACGCCCCGCCCGCAGCAGGCGGGAACAACGCCCCCGGCGCAACGAGCCAGGUCGACCCUUCGAGUUGA